AUGCCAGACCUGACGCCGCAGCAGGCGCGCUUGGCGGCACUGAACCGGUUGAAGGCGAAGCAGAAGCUCUCCAACACGAGCAGCACCAGCAAUGACACCAGCAAAGGACCAGGAUACGUGAACAAGGCGGCUCCGCUGCCGUCCUCGGCGCGCAACAUGGUUGCGGAGCAACAAGCCGCGGCGGCCGAGACGACAGCACCGUUGCCGCGCGACUCACGACUGGGCAAGUACUUCGAGUACGACCUGAGCAAGCUGCACAACUCGCGUGGAGGCUUCUUGACCCAGGAAGAUGAGGAGGGCGACCGGAUCAAGAGCGUCAUCGAGCUCGCGAGGGAGAAGCAGCGCGAGAAGCAGAUGAUGCGCGAGGGAGAGGAACCGGCCAUCUUCCCCGACACAUCGCCGCGGUGCUCUGAAUGUAAAUCGCUCGAAAUCGACCACCAGUUCCUCAAGGUGUUUGAUGUCCGCGUGUGCAAGAGCUGCAAGGAGAAGCAUCCCGAGAAGUACUCGCUCCUCACCAAGACGGAGUGCAAGGAGGUGAGCCGUACCCUCAUCAAUGCUCAGCUAGAAAUUUGGGAUACAGCUGACGCCCAGGACUACCUUCUUACCGAUCCGGAGCUGCGAGACACGGACCUGCUGCCGCACCUGCUCAAGGCGAACCCGCACGCAUCGACGUACUCGAACAUGAUGCUGUUUCUGCGCAUGCAGGUCGAGGAGGUUGCGUGGAAGAAGUGGGGCGGCAAGGAAGGUCUCGACAAGGAGUGGGAGCGGAGAGAGGAGUUCAAGAAACGCAAGCGGGAAGCCAAGUUUGAGAAGGGGCUGAGAGAUCUCCGUAAACGUACGCGAAACAACCAGUUCCAGCGACGACAGGAGGCCCAGCACGUCCACGAGUUUGUCGCCAUUGAGGAGAUCGAGGAUGAGGACGGCAAGACCCGCCAACUGCAGCGCUGCGACUGCGGCGCCGAGCAGGAGGUCGAAGUUAUGUAG